AUGACUUAUGCACACUUGUCCACGGGCAUUCGCAAUGCUAACGGUUUCGGCAUACGGUACAACGAACGCCACAGCGUAGGCCACCGGAAAGACAUGUCGACACCCGGGAGUCGGUAUUCGCCAGAAGCCGCAAUUGAGCAAACGUUAGAGGUCCUGGGCUCCCAGCUAUGGCAACAUAUGGAUGAUGCCGUCCCUCUGAUGGCGAUUGGCCCGGACAGCAAUCCAGGGGUAAUGCCGACUGCCGACUGCCGAAGAUAA